AUGACCGACUCUAGCUUCAUUCAAGCCCAACAGCGAGUCGCGGCGCGACGCCAGGCUCGCGAGGCCGAAGCGGCAGCCAGAGUCGCUGCCCAGCGCGAAGCCUCUCGAGCUAGUGCCCGGCUUGAGAGACUGCCAUUCCCCUUCAACAGGCUCUCGCCGGCAUGGAAUGCCUUGUUGUCACGCGAAGGCACUCGGCCUGCGUUUCGUGUCGCUCAGGUAGAUGCCGAGCUGCUCGACGAGGAGCUCGUUGUUCUCCUCAAAGACCAGGUCUCCGAUGCGCUCAAAUACUUUGGCGGCGGACAUUUGCAUGACGACUGGUCGGCUGAGAUUCUGCUGGCUCUCCGGGCCAUCCUCUUCAAGUUGACUGUUUGGGACCACGACGCUACGUAUGGCGCAGCGCUGCAAAAUCUCAGGUACACAGACGCCAGGAAACAUGGCCCCGUUCUUUCGCCCCCUUCCAGGUUACAAAAGUCCCUCUACGGUCUGGUGACUAUCUUUGGCAAGUAUGCCUGGACGAGGUGGGAGGACUGGCUGCUGGAGCAAGACGACGGCUACAAUCAGCCGAGUCCCCGAGUUCGCCGCCUGUCUCGCUUGACAUCGCGGCUGACGACGAUACAUUCCACCGCAGCUUUGGCUUCGUUCUUGGUAUUUCUGCUCCACGGCCGCUACAGGACAUUGCUGGAUCGAAUUUUGAGAAUGCGUCUGGCGAGUCCGACAAGCCAGGUCAGCCGAGAGGUGUCGUUCGAGUAUCUCAACCGACAGCUGGUUUGGCACGCUCUCACCGAAUUCCUGCUCUUUGUCCUCCCCCUGAUCGGCAUCAACAAAUGGAGACGGUGGCUAGGCAAGACGUGGAGAAAGACGAGAGAGAUGAUGAGGACCGGCGCCGAGGGUGACAGUUCGGCCGAUGGCGAAUACGGCUUCCUGCCGGAGCGGACAUGCGGCAUUUGCUACCAGGAUCAAAACGACUCAGCCACGACGGAAACACAGAUUAUGGCGGCGGCAGCCUCAAGCGGUGUGGUUGGCUCGGCACAAACCGACAUCACGAACCCCUACGAGACGAUUCCAUGCGGGUGCAUUUACUGCUUCGUCUGCCUGGCCACGCGGCUGGAGAGAGAGGAGGGCGAAGGCUGGACGUGCUUGCGCUGCGGCGAGCUUGUCAAGGAGUGCAAGCCGUGGAGCGGAGACGUGCUGGAACCGGCAGUCACGACGUUCAGGUCGACGUCAGCCAAGACGGUUGCAUUCACCGACGACGUUGCGGGCGGCGUUUUGGAGGAGGAAGUGCCCCAGCGAGAGCACGUGGCGCAAGAGGAGACGUCUGCGGAGAAUUCGGCCGAGGACUUUGACGAAGGGUUCGAUGAGGGCUCCGACAUGGUGGAUGAGGUGUCUGACAUGGGGUCUGACAUUGGUUCGGAUGCCGGCGACUGA